GUUUGCGGUGCUCGGCAAUCCCUGAACCCGGCUCAAAGCGCCCACCCCCAGCGCAGUACCCAGUUUACCGCACCUGCACCGCCCAACCACAACCGUAGCCUUCGCUGUUCACCCGCUCCAAUUGGCUCCAGCCAGACAACCCCGAUCGGUUGGUUGGGCCCAUUCAGCAUCAUCGCCAGCCUUCAGCUCUAGCUCCUCCUCCUUCUCCGCACAACGCCGUUCGUCACCAUCUUCCCCCGACACCGCCGCUCAUCGCAUCCCAUCGAGGUCAAUUAUUCCCGCGCAUCGCCCUGUAUUUAUCGCGCUCGUUGCUGUCUUUGCUUUCGCCCAACUGCAGCCGCGUCCCUGCCUCGACGCUCGAAACACCGCCUCUCGGAACCCCCCGUUUCUCGCCAUUACCCAGCCAUCCGUCUCGCCCGUCGAACCACGGCUCGAGUGCCGGUGAGGAUGCACCAGCUAUAAUUCACGCAAGAGUCGAAACAAGUUCAACCAUAUACCGGCCCUUAGCAGCCCGUGCACCCGGCCGCAAGGCUUAAUUCACGCGCCUAGCCGCUUCGCCCCCAGGCCGCUCGCUGCCUGCAGACAUCGCACACCAUGGGCAACUGUUUAAGCUCAGGUAGCGAUGAGGUGGAUCAGAAAAAGAAGUCCCAAGCCAUCGACAAGAUCCUGGAAGAGGAUUCGCGACGGCUCAGGAAGGAAUGCAAGAUUCUGUUGCUUGGCUCUGGCGAAAGUGGCAAGUCCACCAUUGUCAAACAAAUGAAAAUUAUCCAUCUCAAGGGAUACUCGGAGGAUGAACUAUACAACUAUCGCCCAACGGUAUUUAAAAACCUGGUUGAAUGUGCCAAGGCUGUCAUCACGGCCAUGGAGCAAUUCGAGAUUGAGCCUCAAAUCGAAGAGAACAAGAUUCACAUGGACUAUCUCAUGGAAUAUCAAACGGAAUCCGGACCACAGGCUCAUAUUGACGCUCAAGUAGGCGUCGCAGUCCAGUCAUUAUGGGGAGAUCCAGCGAGAGAGAAGCUCAUGGAGCAUGCUACCGAAUUUUAUCUGAUGGACUCUGCCGAAUACUUCUUCCAAGAGGCCAUGCGAGUUGUUGACCCAGAUUACCUGCCAAGCGAAAUGGACGUGCUGCGAGCUCGUACAAAGACAACAGGUAUUUACGAAACACGUUUCCAAAUGGGACAAUUGAGUAUACACAUGUUCGACGUCGGUGGCCAACGAAGCGAGCGAAAGAAAUGGAUCCACUGCUUCGAAAACGUCACUUCUAUUAUCUUCUGCGUUGCCCUUAGCGAAUACGACCAAGUUCUUCUCGAAGAAAUCAGCGAGAAUCGAAUGAUGGAAAGUCUCCUUCUCUUUGACUCCGUUGUCAACUCUCGUUGGUUUGUUCGCACCAGUAUUAUUCUGUUUUUGAACAAGGUCGACAUCUUCAAACAAAAGCUCCUCCGAUCACCGCUCGCUAAAUACUUCCCCGAUUAUUCCGGCGGCAGCGAUGUCAACAAGGCCGCCAAAUACCUUCUAUGGCGGUUUAAUCAAGUCAACAGACAGCACCUCAACCUUUACCCACACUUAACCCAAGCUACCGAUACCUCGAAUAUUCGACUUGUUUUUGCAGCAGUUAAGGAGACUAUCUUGAACAACGCAUUGAAAGACUCGGGUAUUUUGUAAAGCCACUGCCAAACUAUGAUGUUGCGGUGUGGCGAUUCAUGUCCAUCGUUGUUUACGCUGUUUUGCAACCGGAUAUCAAGGAGGGCUUUUCUAUUUUUCUUUCUGCAUCCGCAGAGGGCAUGGUGUUUGGGCGCAUAUUCUUCUUUUUGGCGUUUGAUUCUUUGGGCAGGCGAAAUGAGCCUUGUUGUCUUACUUGUCUAUGCUUGCUCUUUGUGACGAAGGA